CCCACCCUAGACAUUGCACUUUUCUGAUGACAGCGUCGAGCUGUCAUCGGUCGUUGCGGUUGUGUGUUUUGCAGUGCUGGUCCUUUCGCUGCGAAAACUCGCUUGACACGCAGCACCAACUUUCCAUUUCUGUGCGAAUUCCGUGAAAUUCCACAGAAUGUCGCGCAACCGAGCCGCCGAGGAGACGGACAAGCAGACGCGUAUCGCCAUCGUCAGCUCGGACAAGUGCAAGCCGAAGCGAUGCCGGCAGGAGUGCAAAAAGUCCUGCCCGGUCGUCCGGAUGGGCAAGCUCUGCAUCGAGGUCGCGAUGGACUCGAAGAUUGCGUCCCUCUCGGAGGAGCUGUGCAUCGGGUGCGGUAUCUGCGUGAAGAAAUGUCCGUUUGAGGCCAUCACCAUCAUCAACGUUCCGAGCAAUCUGGACAAGCAUACGACGCAUCGUUACUCGAAGAACUCGUUCAAGCUGCAUCGGCUGCCGAUUCCCCGUCCCGGUGAGGUGCUCGGGUUGGUCGGCCAGAACGGUAUCGGCAAGUCGACGGCGCUCAAGAUUUUGGCCGGAAAGUUGAAGCCCAACCUGGGCCGUUUCUCGGACCCUCCGGACUGGUCGGAGAUUUUGGCGCACUUCCGUGGAAACGAGUUGCAGAAUUACUUUACUAAGAUUCUGGAGGAUAGUUUACGGGCGCUGAUUAAGCCCCAGUACGUGGACCAGAUUCCGAAGGCGGUCAAGGGAACGGUUGCGGCUCUGCUGGAGAAGAAGAACGAACGUAACAACGAGAAGGAGAUUUGCGAUCUGCUCGACUUGAGCCACAUCAAGGAUCGUGAAAUCCAAGCGUUGUCCGGUGGAGAGCUGCAGCGUUUUGCGUGCGCCAUGGUCUGCAUCCAGGAUGGCGAUAUUUUCAUGUUCGACGAACCGUCCUCGUAUCUGGACGUGAAGCAACGUCUGAACUGUGCUAUGACCAUCCGUUCGCUGAUCCACCCGGACAAGUUCAUCAUCGUGGUCGAGCACGAUUUGUCCGUGCUGGACUAUCUGUCCGAUUUCAUCUGCUGUCUGUACGGCGUUCCCGGCUGCUACGGAGUCGUCACUAUGCCCUUCUCGGUCCGUGAAGGAAUCAACAUUUUCCUGGACGGUUACGUCCACACCGAAAACAUGCGUUUCCGUACGGAAUCGCUGACCUUCAAGGUGUCCGAGUCGGCUUCCGAGGAAGAAAUCAAGCGCACCUGCCACUACGUCUACCCUUCGAUGAAGAAGAAGCUCGGCGGCUUUACCCUGACCGUUCAGGACGGACAAUUCAGCGAUUCGGAAAUCAUUGUGCUGCUCGGCGAGAACGGAACCGGCAAGACCACCUUCAUUCGUAUGUUGGCUGGUAACCUGGAACCGGACGAGGAAUCGGAAAAGCUCCCUGUGCUGAACAUCUCCUACAAGCCCCAGAAGAUCUCCCCGAAGAGCCAAUCCACGGUGCGUUAUUUGCUGCAUGAGAAGAUCCGCGACGCGUACGUUCACCCCCAGUUUAUCGCCGACGUUAUGAAACCGAUGAAAAUCGAAGAAAUCAUGGACCAAGAGGUGCAAAACCUCUCCGGAGGUGAAUUGCAACGUGUCGCUCUCGUCCUCUGCCUCGGCAAACCAGCCGACGUCUACCUAGUUGACGAACCCUCCGCCUAUCUGGACUCCGAGCAGCGUCUCGUCGCGGCCAAGGUCAUCAAGCGUUACAUCCUGCACGCCAAGAAGACCGGCUUCGUCGUCGAGCACGACUUCAUCAUGGCAACCUACCUGGCCGAUCGCGUCAUCGUGUUCGAGGGCAAACCAUCCGUAGACACGACCGCGCACACGCCCCAAUCGCUGCUGAACGGAAUGAACCGCUUCCUGGAACUGCUGGAGAUUACAUUCCGACGAGACCCGAAUAACUUUAGGCCCCGCAUCAACAAGCUCAACUCGGUCAAGGACUCGGAGCAGAAGCGCUGCGGACAGUACUUCUUCUACGAGGAGACCUAAAGCGCGAGAUAGUCUGAUUCAAACACCCCCCCGCAACAUGUAUUCUUGGUUUCCACAAUCAGUUUAUGUUUUUUUUGUUUUGCUCUGGCGCUAUUGCAGGAAUGAAAGAAAAGUUACAACGCAGAAGAAAAUUGUUAUAAAUAUUGUAACGGAUACAGGUUUAGAAGCGACGACCAACUUCAACCUGACAUAUUAGAGAAAGUUAUUUUUA